AUGGAUUUAGGAUACUCUUCAGACUCUGAUAGUGAAGUUGAAGACCAUCAUACGGAAGACAGAAAACAAGAAGAUGUGCCACUCGAUGUGACGAAAGUCUUUGCUUUCCAGAAAUUAGGUUGUAGAGUAGCACGACCAGACAGAGUGGAUAUUGCCGAUACCUUCAGGAAGGUACUUGAUCAACGAAUAGAAAAUUCAGAAAACGAUGAAGACGUUCCUUCUUCAGAUGAAUUGAAUUUAGAGGAAGAAAAGGGACAACAACUUGAUGGUGUUCCUGCCCAAGGUGAAGUUGCCGAAUUUGACAUGGGUAAGUUUUACAAAGAAAACCAAGAGGCUAUAGAAUCCGGGGGCUUUAGUGAGACGCAACAGCAGAAUUCGGGUAAAAUAACACUACACAGAGGUACCCAUGGUGUUGGAAGAUUGGAUGAUGUUAUCAGGUUCAACAUUAACAACCGGGAAAAAAUUAUGUACCAGAAUAGUGCAAGAAUAGCCAAGGAGAAAGCCGCAGCAAAGAACAAGCACUGA